AUGUCCGCUCCAAGGCCGGUUAUCGUUGUCUGCCACAUCUUUGUGUGGGGCCGCGUGCAGGGUGUGUUUUACCGCAAAUACACCGUCCGGGCGGCGAAUGAGCGUGGGGUGCGUGGCUGGGUGCGCAACUUGGACGACGGCCGCGUCGAGGUGAUGGCGGAGGGCCCAAAGGAGAACGUCGACAGCCUCGUGGAGUGGUGCCGCACCGGCUCACCCAAGUCACGGGUGGAGGGCGUGGACGCCACGAUCGUCUCCUCGGGGGACGCGUACACCUUCAAGUCGUUUGCGAUGCGUCGGUGA